AUGGCGAAAACAACGUACUAUGCCGUUUACAAUGGCGUGAAGCCUGGCAUCUAUACGUCCUAUGAUGAAAGUAAGGAACAGACUGAUAGGUUCUCCAAGAACAAAUACAAAAGUUUCUCGACCUGGUCAGACGCACAUGGCUGGAUGGAAGACUUGAAGAAGAAGGAACAAGAGGAGAAUAGAAGGUUGGAGGAGAAGAGGAAACAACACAUGUUGAAGGAGGGAACAGCGCAAAAGCGGCUCGAAUCAGAGCCAGAGGAGGCUCCCGACUUGCUCCGACAGACAGGAGUAGAACCUGGAACCAUCGAACAUCUCUUAGACCUAGCAGAUCGUCGAGCAUUUCCCGCCGCUCACGGCAAAGCCUCUCAUCAGUCCGACGCCGGGCCAAGUAAUCAUUCGACUGACAACAUCCCGGCGAGCUUGGAGGCGACUGAGGGGUCGAGGGGCGCCGAGAAUCAGUCGGCGGGCUUUGCUUCUUCUUUGGACACUGACCUGGACGCGCGGCCUUCAAAGAAGCUCAAGCUAUCUGAGGAGGCCGAUAGCAACGAUGGAAACAGAAAACCCAUCCCGAAUACCAUUCGCAACAGCAACUCCCGCGGGCUCCCCUCGUUCCAGUACAUCCAUAAACUGAUUUGGCGCGUAAAUGAGAUGAAAGCAACGUUCACUCCCGAGAAGAAGGCACACUUGAGAUUGGUGAUGAGCAUGAUUGAGUUCUUACUGGGACGUUUGGUUCAUGAGUAG